AUGGGCUCCAUCAACUACCAGGAAUCUGACAUGUACGAUGUGCUCAUCGUUGGCGCCGGUAUCUCGGGCAUCAAUGCGGCCUACCGUAUUCAUGAAGGCCUUCCGGACAAGAAAUUCCUGCUUUUCGAAGCUCGAGAUGACCUGGGCGGUACUUGGGAUCUCUUCAAAUACCCCGGUAUUCGCUCCGACUCGGAUCUGCACACCUUCAGUUAUCCCUUCAAAGAGUGGACCGGUGCCGACAUUGCCGAGGGCAAGCACUUGGUCGCCUACCUCAAGGAGGUAGUUCGAGAAAACGGCCUAGCCAAGCACUUCCGUUUCAGGUCAAAAGUGCAAUCUGCUGACUGGUCCACCGAGGAGCGAUGCUGGUUUGUUACCGUCAAUCAGCAAGGCGAGCAAAUGCACUACCGAACUCGUUUCUUCUACAACUGUACUGGGUACUAUGACUAUGGAACCCCUUACAAGGCAGACAUUCCCGGUAUCCAAAACUUCAAGGGCAAGAUCGUUCAUCCACAGUUCUGGAAUCUUUCCGAGGAUGACUACCGUGACAAGCGUGUUGCUGUCAUCGGUUCCGGUGCCACUGCCAUCACUCUGAUCCCCAACAUGGCACCGGUCACAAGUAGUCUUACCCUGAUCCAGCGCUCGCCCAGCUACAUCAUGUCUGUCGCCAAAUUCGAUCCCAUGGCCAAACUCCUCCGCACCAUACUCCCCCCAAGAGCGGCCUAG